UAGUCUCACUCUGUUUCCCAGGAUGGAGUGCAGUGCCACAGUCUCGGCUCACUGCAACCUCUACCUCCUGGGUUCAAGUGAUUCUCCUACCUCAGCCUGCCAAGUAGCUGGAAUUACAGGCACCCAGCUAUUUUUUGUAUUUUUAGUAGAGACAGGGUUUCACCACGUUGGCCUGGCUAGUCUCAAACUUCUGACCUCAGUGAUCCUCCUGCAUCAGCCUACCAAAGUGCUGGGAUUACAGGCAUGAGCCACCACGCCCAACCAAAAAAUAUAUCUAACUAUCUAUAGGUUUCUUUACCUAGAUAUACCACAAUUACCUCAAUUUUAUCUCAUCUAAAACAUAGUCACUAUCUACCUUCUAUUUGUAUUCUUCUUCUAGCAUCUCCUUGUAUGACCCUGUGCAAGUGGCCUUACUUUUAAAUCAUUUGGCCCAUUUCCUUCAUCUGCCAAAUCAGGAGCUUAUUAAAUGAAAUCAAGAAGAAAAGUGCUGAAUUUUAUAAGACUGAAUAACAAAUUAUUGCAAACAUUGGCUUUAAACAACAACAAAAAAAGUGCAAGUGAAAGUUUAAUUUUUUUGGAAAAAAGCCAAUGAAACUGGACCCUGUCUCUCAUCAUAUACAAAAGCCAACUCAAGAAGGACUAAACGUAAGACCUUACACUGUAAAACUACUAGAAGAAAAUACAAGUAAAACACAUAAGGACAUUGGUUUAGGAAAAGAUUUUAUGGCCAAGACCUCAAACGCACAUAUAACUAAAAUAAAAACAGACAAAUUGGACUAUGUUAAACGAAAAAGCUUCUGCACAGCAAAGAGAACAAUCAACAGAGUGAAGAGACAUCUAUUGAACAGAAGAAAAUAUUUGCAAACUAUUCAUCUGACAAGAGACUAAUAUCCAGAAUAUACAAGGAACUCAACUCAACAAGAGAAAACACAAGUAAUCCCAUCAAAAAGCAGGUAAAGAACAUGAAUAGACAAUUUUCAAAAGAAGACAUACAAAUGGCCAACAAACAUGAAAAAAUGCUCAACAUCACUAAUCAUCAGGGAAAUGCAUAUCAAAACCACAAUUCUUAAUCCUACCCCAAUUAAAAGAACUGUUAUUAAAAAGAAAAUAACAGAAGCUGGAGAGGGUAUAGAGGAAAGGGAACGCUCAUACACGGUUGGUGGGAAUGUGAAUUAGUACAACCACUAUGGAAAACAGUACAGAGAUUUCUAAAACACACACACACACACACACACACACACAAAGAGAACUACCAUAUGAUCUAGCAAUCCCACUACUAUUUGUAUAUCAAAGGGAUAACUGCACCUGCAAGUUUAUUGUAACAUUAUUCACAAUAGGAAAGAUAUGAAAUCAACUUAAAAGACCAUGAACAAACAAAUGGAUAAAGAAAAUGGGAUAUAUACACACAAUAAAAUACUAUUUGGCCAUAAAAAAUAAUGAAAUCAUGUCAGUUGAAGCAACAUGAAUAGAACUAGAGUUUAUUAUGCUAAGUGAAAUAAUCCAGGCAUAGAAAGACAAAUAUCAUAUAUUCUCAUUCAUAUGUGGGAGUUAAAAAGUUUAUCUCAGCCAGGCAUGGUGUUUCAGGCCUGUGAUCCUAGCACUUUGGGAAACCAAAGCAGGAGGAUCACCUGAAUCUCUUAAGUUCAAGAGUUCAAGGUUACAGUGAGCUAUGACAGUGCCACUGCACUGCAGCCUGGGUGAGAGCCAGACCCUGUAAGUAAAUAAGUAAGUUAAGUAAGAAAAUUAUUUAAGCUGAAGGAUAAAAGAAGGGGAGUACCCAGAUUCUCAGGAGGAACACUAUGGUCCAGAAAUUACUGUUACAUCCUCUUCUCCAGGAUUCACUGACUUUCCAGCAGAAGUCUUAAAAAGGGAAGAUGCGCAUAGCUUCCUGCCUGAAUAGCCAUUAAUUGAUGGCUACAGUAAAUACAAAUUGACAGAUUAAAAUGCCUGAUGUAGGACAUUUGGUUGGAUACUUCAAGUAUUUUUUUGAAGGGUAUAUUGCUUAACUUCCCACUGCAAAGGGAAUAAUUCAUAUGAUUAUUUCAGCGAUGAUUUUUUGAAUACUUUUUCAUUAAAAGUACAACUGUGUCAAACAAGGCAAAAACAUUUCUCACACAUAACUGCAGGUGUCAUUAGCCAAUGUGAUACACUACACUGCUGAUUCAGAAAAGAGGUUUAAUAGCAGACCGUUUUUUUCAUCAGAAAUAUCUGAAAAAAAAGCCACCAAGCACUGUAUCAAUUUCUAACUUGUUUUUUAAAAAGAGUGGGCUGCUACAGUGGAUAUGUUCUACAUCUCUUUAGGGCAGUGAUUACAUACAAUUGUCAUAACUUGAUGGACCUGUUGAUAGGAUCUGUGUUUCUUUUAGGUAAUUCAUAACUCAACUUUUUUAAUGAAAAGCGGUAAUUAAUGUUGUAAAGUUAAUACUUGGCACAUUAGAGACCGACUUGUUACAGAGAAAAUAAGUCCCUUCCAUCUUGGGCAUAAAACGGCUUGCCCAGCCUAGCUCCCUGGACAAGUGGGUAACACUGGGAGGCAUACAGAGAGGGGCAAGUGUUAGUGCGAGGUAGGUAGGAGCAAGGCUGCACACGCAGGCUCGUCACCUGGGCAGCCGCCCAAUCCCCGUUUUUCAUUUCUAACAAAAAUAGUGUCCACCUCUUAAUAAUGUUUUCAGGAUAAAAUGAGUUAAGUGGGAUGUUUGUACAAAGCCCUUAGGCAUAGUAGAAAGUAGUAAGUAAAUAUGUGCUACCGCUGUUUAUUAUAAAAGAUGAACAGACUAGUACUACUAUACAUACAUACACACACACACACACAUACACACACACACACACACACACACACACACAGCUACUGCCUAAUAAUCUGACUGGCAAUCCUUCCUAGGACUAUUGAAUAACUAACCGUCAUCAAAAAUGUCUGCCCUUUGAACCAUCACAAGACUCUUCCAAAUUAAAAUGUCUCUAACCCACUUGGAUCCACUCGCCUGUCUAGGACAUAAACCCGUGAGGCACCAGCCCCUGUGACAGAGCCAGACUCGCGCCUCGCCUCACGCCGACUCGCGCCAGCCUUCCCACCACCGCCCGAGCAGCCCGCGCGGUGUCACGUGACCUCUGGUUCGGCCUCUGGCCUUCCUGCCAUAUUCCCGCCCAGUCUCGCCCGCGGUGUCACAUGACACCCGCCCAGCCGCUAACCAAUCCCCUCCCUCCCGGCGUCACGUGGACUGCCUUCUCAGUCACCGGCCUGUUGUCUUGUUCCGCGCUGGAGAAUUCAGAUAGCCGACGCGCCGACCGGCGACUGAGGCGGGAAUGGCCGCUGUGCUGCAGGGCAUCGAGCGUCUGUCCAGUCGAGUCGUGCGUGUGUUGGGCUGUAAUCCGGGUCCUAUGACCCUGCAGGGCACCAACACCUACCUAGUGGGGACCGGCCCCAGGAGAAUCCUCAUUGACACUGGAGAACCAGCAAUUCCAGAAUAUAUCAGCUGUUUAAAGCAGGCUCUAACUGAAUUUAACACAGCAAUCCAGGAAAUUGUAGUGACUCACUGGCACCAAGAUCAUUCUGGAGGCAUAGGAGAUAUUUGUAAAAGCAUCAAUAAUGACACUACCUAUUGCAUUAAAAAACUCCCAAGGAAUCCUCAGAGAGAAGAAAUUAUAGGAAAUGGAGAGCAACAGUAUGUUUAUCUGAAAGAUGGAGAUGUGAUUAAGACUGAGGGAGCCACUCUAAGAGUUCUGUAUACACCUGGCCACACUGAUGAUCAUAUGGCUCUACUCUUAGAAGAGGAAAAUGCUAUCUUUUCUGGAGAUUGCAUCCUAGGGGAAGGAACAACAAUAUUUGAAGACCUCUAUGAUUAUAUGAACUCUCUAAAAGAGUUAUUGAAAAUCAAAGCUGAUAUUAUAUAUCCAGGACAUGGCCCAGUAAUUCAUAAUGCUGAAGCUAAAAUUCAGGAAUACAUUUCUCACAGAAAUACUCGAGAACAACAAAUUCUUACAUUAUUUCGUGAAAACUUUGAGAAAUCAUUUACAGUAAUGGAGCUUGUCAAAAUUAUUUACAAGAAUACUCCUGAGAAUUUACAUAAAAUGGCUAAACAUAAUCUCUUGCUUCAUUUGAAAAAACUAGAAAAAGAAGGAAAAAUAUUCUGCAACACAGAUCCUGACAAGAAAUGGAAAGCUCAUCUUUAAUUUCAGAUUAAAGAAAGCUUGUUUUAUUUUGCUUUGAGAGUAUGGUAUGUUUUCUUAACUAUAGGUUAUUUAUAGAGAAUAUAAAAGUAUAAAACAUUAAAAAUAACCCUAGAUAUACUUUAAAAUAAUAUUUUGCUAAAAUAUGUAAAUUACACUAUAUAGCCAUAUGAUAGGUUAUUUCUCUAACCUUGGUCUUAUAACGUUUUACCAAAAAUUCAGACUCUAAUAAUUUAUCAGUUUUCAAUGGAUUAUGUAAAAUGGUUACUUUAAAAAUAAUAAAAUUUAUCUAAUUUAAACUUGA